AUGCUGGAGGAUGAGGAUGGGAUGAGCGAGAGGGGGCUCAGCAGCUCCAGGAGGAGAUACGACGAUGAGGAAGUGUCGCCAGCCGCCGAACGUCUCCGCUACAUCUUGGGGGAAGAGGAUGAAGCUCCCAACCCCACGCUCUUCACGGAGAUGGACACGCUGCAGCACGACGGCGAGGAGAUGGAGUGGAAAGAGUCGGCCAGGUGGAUAAAGUUUGAAGAAAAGGUGGAGGAAGGCGGCGAGAGGUGGAGCAAGCCCCACGUGUCCACGUUGUCUUUGCACAGCCUGUUUGAGCUCCGGACGUGUCUACAGACGGGAACGGUGCUCCUGGACUUAGAUGGCUACUCUUUGCCCCAAAUCAUAGACGAUGUCAUCGAGAAGCAGAUCGAGGACGGUUUGCUCAAGCCAGAGCUGCGGGAGAAGAUAAGUUACGUGCUCCUCAGGAAGCACCGUCACCAAACCAAGAAGCCAAUCCACCGGUCCUUGGCCGACAUCGGAAAAUCUGUGUCUUCCAACACAACCCGCAGCCCCGUCCGGAGCCCGGCCGCCGGCGCCGCCUUCCACCGCUCCACCGAGGACCUGCGGAUGCGGCAGAGCGCCAGCUACGGCCGCCUGCGUCACGCGCAGAGUCGGAGCAUGAACGACAUCUCGGACAUGCCGAGCACCGACCAGCUGAAGAACAAGUUCAUCAAGAAGAUCCCCAAGGAUGCGGAGGCCUCCAAUGUGCUGGUGGGAGAAGUGGAAUUCCUGGAGAAACCCUUCGUGGCUUUCGUGCGGCUCCUCCAGGCGACGAUGCUGGGAGGGGUGACGGAGGUGCCCGUCCCCACCAGGUUCCUCUUUAUUCUCCUUGGUCCGGCGGGAAAAGCCAAAUCCUACAAUGAGAUCGGCAGAGCCAUCGCAACCCUCAUGGUGGACGAUCUCUUCAGCGAUGUUGCCUACAAAGCCCGGGAUCGAGAAGACCUGAUCGCCGGCAUAGAUGAGUUUCUGGAUGAAGUCAUCGUCCUGCCGCCCGGCGAGUGGGAUCCCAACAUUAGGAUCGAGCCACCCAAAAAAGUGCCCUCGGCUGAGAAGAGGAAAUCGGUUUUCUCCCUGAACGAAGUGGGGCAGAUGAAUGGCACGGCCGGCGGGGCGGGCGCUGGGGGAGGUGGAGGAGGCAGUGAGGAUGGGGAGAUGCCCGAAGUUCACGAAAUCGGGGAAGAGCUCACGUGGACUGGCAGGUUCUGCGGUGGCCUCUAUCUGGAUAUCAAGAGGAAGCUGCCCUGGUUCCCGAGCGAUUUCUAUGAAGGUUUCCAUAUCCAGUCCAUCUCUGCCAUCUUGUUCAUCUACCUGGGCUGCAUCACCAACGCCAUCACCUUCGGGGGCUUGCUUGGGGACGCGACGGACAACUACCAGGGUGUCAUGGAGAGCUUCCUCGGCACGGCAAUGGCAGGUUCCAUGUUUUGCCUUUUUGCCGGGCAACCGCUCAUCAUCCUCAGCAGCACCGGCCCCAUCCUCAUCUUCGAGAAGCUGCUCUUCGAUUUCAGCAAAGGCAACGGCAUCGACUACAUGGAGUUUCGGCUCUGGAUCGGCUUGCACUCUGCCCUACAGUGCCUUAUCCUGGUGGCCACCGACGCCAGCUUCAUUAUAAAGUACAUCACCCGCUUCACAGAGGAAGGCUUCUCCACCCUCAUCAGCUUCAUCUUCAUCUACGAUGCCAUCAAGAAGAUGAUCGGAGCUUUUAAAUACUAUCCCAUCAAUUCCGACUUCAAGCCGGACUACGUGACCAUGUACAAGUGCGAGUGCGUUGCUCCUGACCCAG